GGCGCACUUGGCGGCACACUGAGACAGCGCACCAGGACUCCGUGGAUGGACAAAUCCAGUAGUGGACUUCCUUCACUGACAAGAUUAAGACCGGAUUUCUAUCGCUCAGCUUUUCUUCGCAUUUAACAAAGGUUCACUACAACCGUCGCAUUUGAAAAGGAUUUCUCACCCUGGGAGUGCGAGGCAAAGGGACUUUGGAGAUUGUCAACAGCAAUAAAGCGCAGCAGCCAUUUAAAGGAUCUGGAUGAUCAACAGUACAAUGAGGACCUAAAGCUGGGAGUGCUUCCCACUGAAGGCACAAGAGUUUCAGACCACAGUGUUACUGCAGUGUGUGUGGCCCGUCCAGUCUGUGUAUUUUUACAUACUCACUGUGUUGAGUUCAAAGCCCUGUGGAGUGAGGAGAGGACUUAAACCAAAGAGUAUGGUUCAGCUGUCCACUGCAGUCUGCCUGUUGGGAGGCCUGUUUUUGAUAGCUCCCGUUCUGAUGGCCCCAAUGCACUCCAGUAUGUGCACACCACUGAGGACGAUCAACGACAGCCUCAGCCACAGACGACGGUACAUGAAACACAACUUCCCCAUUGAGUACACCAUCAAGGUUCAUAAUAGGGAAAUCUUUAGACUGUCAAAUAUCAGCAGAAUGAAGUUAAGAACAGAGGAGUUGAAUGACCUGGUUCUACAGAGGCUGUGGUUUCAAGUGUAUCAAGGUGUUUUAAAAAAGAUCCUCUGGGUUUUGCCAACGAGACAUCCUUCACGUCCUUACACGGCUGAGUUGGAAAGACGCUUCAAGGAUGCUCAGGCAGUCUUUAUGCAGUCACAUCCUGCUGAGGUCUUCCAAGAGGACCUUCCAGAGAAAAUCCAGGACAUUUGGGAUAGUUUAACAGAAAAGCCUGAAAACAUGCCAGAGUCUAGUUGGCGAUUUGCUACUCCAAAGUCUCUCUUGGACAACUUGUGCCGCACCAUGUACUGCCUCUUCAGUGAAUGCUUUUCCAACGCAGACGUUCAGGAAGACUACUGUGAAGUUUCUCAUUGGCGGAAAGGCAGGAAGAAAGACAUGCAGCCCGAAAGCUGAGAAGAAGCAAGUCAAGUUGUCCCUAGUGAUUAGGGAUUAGUAUUAUUAUUUCCCUUGAGCUAUAGGGAGAUGGGUAAAAGGACAAUACACACUGAAAUGAGAGUUCAGACCUGAUUUGUGAACAUCAAUAAGUCUUUUCCAAAUCUGCUAUAUACAGCUAAGAUUAUCCAGAGCUUGUCCUCAUAAUUUCAACUCUGUGUCAAAGCAGAUGAAAAUUAAAGACAUAAUAUCUCUCAAACCUUUGUGAACCUAAAGGCUUUCUGUUAAAUGACAUCAAAUGAAAUUUUGAGUAAAAAUGCCAGCUCAUUGUCUCUUGGCAUCCUCUCAGAUUAAGAUUAUUUAAUCUUAAUCUAUAUAGCAUUUUUGGAUCAGAUUUGCUCAUGUUCACAAAUAGCGACUGAACUGAUGUGUGGUCAAUAUUUUAUCUAAGGUGGAUUCUUUCUAAACAAAGGGUUAAUGCUCACCUGCAGCUUUGCCAAACCACUGCUCAAAAAGUUGUGAUGCGCUCCUGCGGGCCUGUGUGGUUCAUGUCAGAGGCCAAGGACAGAUUGGGAAACUUCAGCUGACUUUGUACAUUUGCCAGAAUUCGCCUCUUUUGAACAUCAGUGUGCUAAAGCAGGAGCAGUGUAUAUGAACUCCAAGCGUAAAUGCAAACUGAUAACUACUGGUCUUAUUCUACAGUUGUUGACUGUACAUUUUUAUACAGCUGCCCAGACUGCUUAGCCAAGGCUGUUGAAAAAUGUGUGUACAUUUUGGCUCCAUUAUAUGUAUUUUUUUCCUAAAUGUUUAUUAUGCAAAGAAUGAGAUUGGAAAAUGCAUUCAUCUCCCUCCAUCCAACCUAUGCAUUUUAUACUUGCUGUAGAUCUCUUAUGGGUUUUUUUCAUGAGGCAACUAUUAAAUAAUUUGAGGACUUAGUAGCUAAACAAAGCUCAAAUGAUUGUUAGCAUUUUAAAUAUGAAGUUACAUCACAGUCAGAUGUUAUUUGCCCCAUAGUUAAGUUAUAUUCUAUAAAAAUAAUAGUAACAACAACAGUAAUAAUAAUAAUAAUAAUAAUAAUAAUAAUAAUUGACACUUCUGUCUGUUGUCCAUUAUCUUGAGUUACCCCUCACAGAAAUUUAACUAUGAACAUGUUGGAGAUGCACACAAAGACAGUUGCAAAACCAAAAUGUAAAAUUCAGCUCAGUGUAGUUGCAACAUUAGAAAUCUUGUGGGAUUGUUCUCAGCAUUCAAACACAUCCAUACUGAGAUUUAAUAUCAGAGUUAAGAGUUACCCCUUAAAUGAUUCAAAUCAAGGCAAGGUUAUGAGAAGGUAAGGCAAAGAGAAACAUACAGUUUACUACAGAAGUUGGACUUUUGGCUGACAAGCACUGUAAAUAUGUGAAAAAAAGGAAAAUGUAGGCAAGUCAACAAGAUUUUCAUGCAAUAUCACUUAGAGUUUAAACCUUUACACACAGGAACAAGUUUCAAGAUGCAUUUCAAAGUUCACAAAAAGUGUUAUGGUGCUUCUUCAGUGGAGUUUUGGACUUAGAGAUUCUAUUCUACAUGUGCAACUAUAUAAAUACUGACUGAAAAAAUGUUUUUAUGGUAAGCUAGUAUUUCUGUUUGGAGUGCCAGUGAAGAUUCACUUAAAAAAGGCCCUCUACACAGAUUUGUCAAACACAGUAGUGAACAAACGUAGUGAAGUAAAAAGUAGUGCAGUUUUAGCUUUCUUCAGGGUGUGUUAAUACCCAGAAAUCUAGCUUGUUACAUGCUGAAAUGUUCACACCCUAACCUCAUCUUUGGUAAUAAUUAACUCUGAUUCUCAAAAUUGUUAACUAACCAGGGGCUUGGAUGUGAACAUGUACACUUCAAUACAGUAAAUGCUUAACAUCUUUACUGAGCAGCUGCUGUGUCAAGGCAACAUCAACAACUGUAAUGGGUUGCAUAGUUUUUUUCCCCACACUGGAGCACAUCUCUGUGGAAUUUUUCUUAUCUGUUAUUAUCAGCCAAACUGCAGUUUGGUGAAAAAAAAACAGCUGGAUGAGGUAAAAUGAACAGAAAAGUAAGAAAAACAGUAAGCCAUUAAAACGAAGCAGCUUAUGCUAAUAUUUUCAGCUCGCAACCAUCAAUUAAUUUCAGCUGCCAUAGCCAUAUUUUUAAACUCGGCCAUUCAACACAUUUAACUACUUAAGGCAAGAGUGAGCAGAUGUUAAAGGGAGUUACCUAAAGGUCAUUUGUUCUUAUCAGGAUUGAAAGCAUCCUUCAUAUUUUCUUGUUGUUUGAGUAAAACUCUAUUAUACAUGCUUCAUUUGAUUAUUGAUGAUGGUGACGUAAAGUUGAGGCUAAGUGUUCGAAAGAAAUCUUGAGACAUACAGAAACAUAAACAUAACAGUAGAAAAAAAAGCAUUCUGGUAGUAGUUUCAAUGAUUUGUGAGGCAUAUUUGGCUUAUUUAGGAAACUUAAACGUUAUAAAUACAAAUAGACUUUGUUUAAAGAGAUUUAAUCUAAUUAACUAACUCACUAUGUUAACAGGUUCUCCACUGAAGUAUAGAAGGCAAAUCUUAAACCUGCUUUGAGACAAUGCUGAGAAAAACAUUACCAUUUGAACUGAUAUAGUUCUUUAAUGCACAAGUUUCAAGCAGUUAAAAAGAGCAGCGUUUCAUAACGUUACAGCAAGAAGGGUGGGGUCGGCCUUUGAAACUGUUUGGCACAGUCACUUACUGAAGACAAUCUGCUCACCCCGUCAUGUGCCACUGUUUUCCUUAGACUGUUGUUUUUCCUCAUUGUACGUUCCAUGCACAGCGUUCAUUGCUUUCAAAUCCCAACAUACUGGUUCAGUCAGUUUAUGGUGCAACAUUCCCAUAUCCCCUUAUUUGCGUUAGGGCUGAAUGUAUUUAUUAUCAUUAGCAAUGUUAACAGUUUCAAAAACACUCUUGAAAUGCCUGUGCAAACAUUGCAAAAAAAGAACUGGUUUAUCAUACCAGCUAGGAGCAGUCAUUAUCCUUCCCUUUAAGAUUGUUAUAUUAAAGGAUAUUGUUUGUUGAAAUGAAACAUGAAAGAAUUUAACUUAAACUAAAAUAAAUAUAUAU